GUCGACGAGUAUGUAGAAGGCGGGCAUCGAUUCAGCCGACAGUUUGAAAACAAGAAAGAAAAAUAAAAUAACAAUUCAUAAUUUUCCGUCAUGCGUUAGUUUCAUGUCGUUUAAAUAUUUGCAAACGCCACAAAAUUGUCGUCGCUUUUGUAAAAUACAUUCCAUGAAAAGUUAUUCAUCUCCGUCGUCAUGUCCCCGACCGAAUAAAUGUAACGCUAAAGAAAAUUGUAAACAAAGUUCAGGUUCAUCCUCAGUUUUCUACCAAUGUGACAAAUGUGACUCGUUUUUUUAUUCGAAACCUCUCGUCGUGACACAUCUUUCGAAAACGGGUCAUGGAAAACAGGAGGACGAAUCAAAUUCUGUGGGUUGGAGGACCGUCCCAUUUCCGACCCCGAUUUUAAAACUGGACCGGACGACAGACGAGAUCGUCGAGGUCACAGAUGACCCUCCACAAUUCGCGCCGCCGCCCUUCGUCCCGGUCAAAAUGGCCAAGUUUAAAUUUAAAACUAUCUCCAACCUUGCCGACCCCUUGGGUGAAAUAGAUUCCGAACAUCCAGGCGAAAUCCUGGACGACUCGGACGAAUCUACACCUCCCUCAUCCCCCGAAAUCGUACAAGAAAAUUCCGAACUUCGCCCGACCUGCGAAAAAUGCAAACUCUCUUUUUCAAGUCUUCAUGCACUCCAAACGCACCAGUUCCUCAUUACGAACUGUGCUAGCAGGGCAGCUGAGCUGGCCAGAUUACGGCGACGCCGGAACGGACCACCUAAACCUCGUCGCUGUCGGGUUUGUGGCAUUAUGUGCCGAUCUCAUGCGCACUACGACCGGCAUGCCAAAACCCACCGUGAGAGGAGUUUAGGAGCCUUGACCUGUGACACGUGUGGGGCCUCAUUUUGUAACAAUUUUUCACUAGAAAGACACCAAAUAAGGGGAAGUUGCACCACACCCAAACUUGGAAAAGAGUGUCGCAAGUGCGGACGCACAUUUACGCAAAGUGGGUCCUUAAAACGACACUUGGAAAAUGACAGUUGCUUUCACGGCCCUGAUCGACGUCUUGGCCGCGAAGGGAAAAAAGCUUGUGGCACGUGCGGCCGCACAUUCGGGAACCGUAUUUUGUUAAAACGACACUUAGAAAAUGGGAGUUGCGUCAAACGCCUGGAGAAAAGAGGAAGGAAACCAAUUUGUGAUAAGUGUGGACGCACAUUUACUCAACAUUUUUCGUUAAAACGACACUUAGAAAAUGACAGUUGUUUCAAAGGCCCAGCUAGAGGUCCUGGAGCCGCGAAGAAAAAGUGUGACACGUGCGGGCUCUCAUUUACACAAAGCGGUUCGCUAAAACGACACUUGGAAAAUGAUAAUUGCUUCAAAGGCCCAAGUCGCGCAGUAAGGAAAGCUUGUGGCAAGUGUGGACUAGCGUUUGCUCAGAGUCGUUCGUUAAAAUUUCACCUAGAAAAGGAUUGCAAAAUUCUGGACCAGGAUGGAUCACAAGAGGACGAUAUUGCCGCGGUCGUCGUUAAGGAUGAAGAGAUCAUCCAAGCGGAAGUACAAAAUUGGUCAGAAUUAUUUGGGCUGAAUGGUGGCGACUUUGAGGAAGUGGUGGAUGUAUAUGAUGGUGGAGAUUAAAAUUUGUAUUAAGGGGUCUCAAACUACAUGGUUACAAAAAAUUAGAUAUGUAACGAAAAACAAAUAAAACUGUGUUUUAAUCCACCAUCUUAUGACGUA